CCCGAUAUGGGCUUGUUCGAGUAACUGGGGCAUAUUUCUUUUAUUGUGUCUACGGUGGCCGUCUGGGCUCAAGCGCCGACUGUUUACUUCGUGUCGUGAUGAUGUGAGGACGAAGCGGCUAGCUGGCCUAGCUUUAGACCGGGGGAUAGGAGAUGUGGGAAAGGGACUCUCGGAAAAGGUUUAUAUUGACGAUUUUUCGUGUGUUUUACACCUGACAGCAGCUGAUGGUUCUCAUCUUUUCGCUGGAAAACGGCUCGCUGCAGCGUUAGCAUAUUUAGCUAGGCUAGGCUAAUCGUAGCGGCUCUCUGUACGGAGUAGGCUAGGCUAAGCUAGGCUAAGCUAGGCUAGGCUAAGCUAGGCUAGCUGCAGCGGCUCCGGUUUCUGCGCUGAGUAAAAAUGGCCGCUGCUCCAAAGUCCUCUCUCACUGCCGCUGGGAUAAUUUUCUGAUUCCACACCGCUCCCCCUCCCCUCGGUCGCUGCUGGGCGGACAGUGUUGGUGGCGGGGGGCCGUAGCGAGCUCGUAGCUUCUGGCGGGGCGUGGGAUGGAGCCGGGCGACUUGCGGGAAAGCCCCGCUGGCUCCGGGGAGUCGGAUGCGGGGGACUGGAGGGAGGUUACUCCCGGCGGGGAUGAGAAGGAUUCCGAGGCGAACGGGACAAAGGCGGAAAAUGCGCUGAGAGACGCCUGCGAUGAGGGCGACGGCGAGAGAGGCGUCAGGGAGCACCUGCACAGCCCGUAUGAGGAGGAGCUGGACCCCCGGAUCCAGGAAGAGUUGGAGCACCUCAACGAGGCCAGCGCAGAAAUCAACAAACUGGAACUGGAACUGGACGAUGCCAGGUCGGCGUACAGGAAGAUCCUCACCGAGUCUGCCAGGAAGCUGAACGCCCAGAGCUCUCAGCUCGGCGGCUGUAUCGAAAAAGCAAGACCGUACUAUGAAGCUCGACGGCUCGCAAAGGAGGCUCAGCAGGAGACCCAGAAGGCAGCUCUGAGCUACGAGCGCGCCGUUUCCAUGCACACUGCUGCCAGGGAGAUGGUGUACGUGGCGGAACAGGGCCUGAUGGCUGACGGGAAGAACACGCUGGAUCCCACCUGGCAGGAGAUGCUCAACCACGCCACCUCCAAGGUGAACGAAGCCGAGGAGGAACGAAUCCGCAGCGAGAGGGAACACAUGCGCGUGACACACGCCUGUCAGGAGGCCGAGGCCCGGGUCCAGACUCUGCAGAAGUCCCUGAAGAGGGUCAUCCUGAAGUCCAAACCAUACUUUGAGCUCAAGUCUCAGCUCAACCACAUCCUGGAGGAGCACAAAACCAAGGUUCUGCAGCUGGAGCAGAACGUCUCCAAGGUAAAGACGCGCUACUCCAUCGCCCUGAGGAACCUGGAGCAGAUCAGCGAGCAGAUCCACGCUCAGCGGGGGAGGGACCCGGCCGAGGGCGGGCCCCCCUCCGGCUGCAGCGGGCGCAGCCCCCCAGUGGGAGCCGAGUCCGACGCCAGAGUCCAGGAGGAGGGCGGGGCCUGCGGCGGCGACGCCGGCGGGAAGGACCGGCUGGACGCGGCCUUGGACCUGGUGGUGGACCGGUACAAGGAGACGGAGACGGAGAGGGAGCGAGCCGGCUCGGACUCGCUCUCCGUCUACAGCCUGCAGACCAUCGCCUCCGACCUGGAGAAGUACGACUCGGUGGAGCACCUGGGCAACCUGAGCGACGUGGGCAGCGUGACCGGGGACGAGGGGGAGAAGGAGAGAGGAGGCAUGAGUAAAAGGGACACGUUCAUGGAGACGGGCGCCAAGGAGCGCCAGCAGCUGUACUCCAAGCAGCACCACAGAAGCUUCAGCUUGUGAGAGGGAACCGGUCCGGAACGAGGAGGAGAGCGGUUCCAGGCAGCAGGGAACCAGCCGAAAGCUAAAACCUGAUUCCCUGACAUGUAAAAUAUAAAUCUGCACAUGUAGUUUAAGCUUCUACUGACAUGAUUAACACUGCAGCCUCGUUAGAAGCCUUCAGGAGAACCCUCUGAAGGCAGAACCGUUCCUUUAGCAUGAAGGAACGACCCGAGAACCUUAAAAAGUCCCCGUUUGUUUACGUCUCUCUGAUCUGAUCUGCAGAGAAAAUCACGUCAGGGCGGAUCAGCUGCCGGGUGAACGGGUCGCACGGCUCCGCAGAACCUCGGCAAGUCGGGAAAAAAUGAGAAAAACGGCCCUGCAGGCUGGAAACGCGCUUCGUUCUGCGUUUAUUCUCCGUUCCACGCAGAACGCAGCGGUCCGGCCGCAGAGGAGACGCUUUUUGAUGGUUCCUGCAGCCGCUGUGAGGACGGAGUGGGAGCCUUUAACUUAACGGCUUUUAGCUGAAGCAGAUCGGUUCUGAUGCUUUUAUUUAAGACGUGGAGAGGCUUCAGAUCGCUGUUAUUUAAAUAUUGUUUACAUCUUUUUUUUUUUUUUUUUGCCUUAAACAAAAACGCUCCUGUUGUGACUUGAUGUGUGCCUUGACACUUUAAAAUGUUCCACAUGCUCAGAACCUUUUUGUUUUUAAUCCGCCCCAAAUAAAAGAAAGAAUUAAAAAAAGUUCCUUCUGCUUGAUGAGGAAAGUCUAUUUAAAGGAAAAUGAAAUGAAGCGGCUUGUAAAUGUUUGUAAUUAUUUCAGAUGGAGACUAUUUAAAUGUUUUGGACACUUGAGCUGGAUUUCGAUCACCUGGAAAUGUGUCUCACCGUUUCCUGUUGCUGCAUCAUCAUCAUCAUUAUCAUCGUCAAACUUGUACUCAAUAAACCGAAUUUUCCCCAGCGA